AUGGAUCUGGCAGACUUGGAAAACAUGAGCAGUGGCUGUGAAGGCAAAAACUGCAGCUUAGCAUCAAGGCUCCAGGAGGACUGCAGAACCCAGGACUGCUACUGGGGGGAACCCAUGUUUGGACUGAUUGAGUUAGUUUGCGUGACGAUGGUUUAUAUUCCACUGAUGUUAUUCGGCCUUCUUGGGAACACCUUGACCAUACUGGUGGUGUGGCUUCGUCCGCACAUGAGGAGCUCGACGUACCUGUACCUGAGCAGCAUGGCCGUCAGCGACCUGCUGAUUCUCCUUCUGCUCCCUCUGGAUCUGUACAAGCUCUGGAGACCCAGACCGUGGCCCCUGGGAGACCUUGCCUGCAAGCUGACUAUGUUCCUCUCAGAGUGCUGCACCUUCUGCACCAUCCUCCACAUCACCUUCCUGUCCCUGGAGCGGUACGUGGCGGUGUGCUGGCCGAUCACAGCCAAGACCGUCGUGACGCGCCGCAGAACCAGGGUCAUCAUCGGCUGCCUGUGGCUGGGUGCGGCUGUCAGCGCGUCGCCCGUCUUGAUUAUGGUCGGAGUGGAGGACGUCGGGGGAGAGGAGUUUGGGCUCAACCAGUGGAGGGAGGAUGGGGGCCGGCUGGGCGGAGAGGGAGAACAGGGAGGGAUAAUGAUGAACGUAGCGGAGAGAGGAGGCGCAGUCAUGGCUUUGCUGGAUCCACGGUUGGAGGAAAUAAAGUUGGGAGAGAAGGAGAAAGAAGAAUGGGCUGAAGACCUCACAGACUUUAUAUGGCUUGACGACAAAAACAGCAGAUCAAGAGAGGGAACUGAAUGGAAACCAGCGGACAUUAAAGAUAAAACAGAAGAAGCUGAGGAGCCAAAUGAGGAGAAAAGGAAGAUGGAAUUUGAGAAAAAUCAGCAAAACAAAAAGAAAGAAGAUGAGGGGGGAGGUAGAGAGGAGAGAGCCGAUUCAAGCCGUGGCGGAGAGAUCGACAGGAGGGAGUGCCGCUGUACGCACUACGCCAUCUCCUCAGGUCUCUUGUCCGCCAUGAUGAUUCUCUCCAACUUGUACUUCCUGGUGCCCCUUUGCAUCCUGGGUCUGGUGUACACCCUCAUUGGACGAACACUGUGGCUCCGCCCAAAGAGCAGCAGAAGAGACCAGAGUCACCGAAGCACAGUGAAGAUGUUAGGAGUGAUCGUCUUGGCAUUUGUGCUCUGCUGGCUUCCCUUCCACGUCGGCCGGACUAUAUUAUCCCUUUCCCUCGGCUCCAGCGUCGAGAGACAAGACGCCUCCAUGAACGCCACGUCCCACGCUGACGCGAACACCGGCGCGCUCGAGAAAAUCAGGACAAAGCGACAGUCUCACAACAGUACAACGUAUGAAGUGCCAAACAGGACAGCGGCUCCUGGAGGCCCGCAAAAGGUCAAACAAAGUCUCGGCCCUCUCACCACCACCACGAGCGUGUACACCGCGACGCCCCCCGACCUUUAUGUUGACGUCGCACUCGACGCUCUCUUAAACAGCACACACUCUCACCCUGACACUCACAUGUACUUUCUGUACUAUCUGUCUCAGUAUUUUAAUCUGGCGUCUUCUGUCCUCUUCUACCUCAGCGCCGCUGUCAAUCCCUUACUUUAUAACCUGAUGUCUGCCAGGUACAGACUGGCUGUCCACAGCCUCAUACACAAACACCCUCACACACACACACACCGCCUGCGCACGCUCACGGCUCGGCACUCCACCACCACCACCUUGUAAGCUACCAGCAGAGCUGCGACGUUCUCUCCAGAUCACCCCACAGAUUUAGGGCUUAGCGCCGGAACGGCAUGGAAGAAGGUUACUUUUAUGUCUUGAGAACCAUUUUUGUGUUGAUUCGGCCGAAUGUUUUGAAGUAUUCUUAAAAAA